CUCGCGAGUGCCGAGUGUUCAGUACAGUUAGUUUUCAGACAAUUCUGUGUAAGCCUUGGUGUAAAUCACUGAUUUCUUUCCAUAAAACAAUAACAUGGCCAAUCAUCACUUAGGAAAAGAUGAACUGUUGGCAAAACUCAAAGAUCUUGGAAUCGAUUGUAUAACUGUGGAGCACCCAGAGGUUUUCACUGUGGAACAGGCGUUACCACACGUCAGUCAUCUGGAAGGAAUGUUUGCAAAGAAUUUAUUCAUGAAGGACAAAAAGAAGAAAUUAUGGUUACUGUGUGCUCCUUAUGACGCAGACGUCAAACUUAAUGACUUGUCUAAAAUGGUGGGUGCACCUGGUGGAUUGAGAUUUGCAGACGAGUCUAUAUUAUUUGAAAAAUUAGGCCUCACUCAAGGCGCUGUUACUAUUUUUGGACUGAUCAAUGAUAAGAAUCAUGACGUGACGUUAAUUUUAGAUUCAAGGUUUAUUGAUAGUACUUAUCCAAGGUUAUAUUUCCAUCCAAUGGUGAACAGUGCUUCAACUGGUGUUACAGCUGAACAGCUUCAAACUUUUCUUCAACACACUGGACAUAAACCAAGUAUUGUUAAUCUUGGAUAGCAAUUUGGAUUUCUAUAAUUUGUAAAGAUCCAUAUCAUUGUCUGUACUGAUGAGUAAAGUAGGACCUAAAACUCCAUUUAAAUUUUGAUUUGUUCUGAAGGAUGAUCAUAGUCACAAAGUGAUGUAAGGAUUCAUAAUGCUUGAUAUAAUGUUAGCUUUAUCUUCUCAGCUCAAAGUCUAGUAUCAAAAUAGCACUAUUGUUUAUCAAUUGAGAUAAUGGAUGGCAUACAAGACUGGUAAGUCUUAAGCAAAUUGCCGUCCUUAAUUUGUGAUUUUCAGGCAUGCUUUACUUUUGGCCAAUUCUCAUGCCUAUUGUAGUCAUUUGUCCAAUAUAAUAAAGGCACAAACAGAAUGCAAGUCAGUAUAAUGAGAGAGGUCCUGAAACUUACCGACUACUUUAUGGGUAUUUAAGUUUUAAAGAGACAAAGGAGUGAGCAACUUUUGCAUUAUUUAGCAAAAAAAGACUUUUACAACUGCCAUUAUGAUUUUCUUUUGUACAGAAUUCAUUUUAAUAAAAUUAACAAUAA